AUGUCAAGCAAUGGCGUCGAAGCAAGUAAUGGAGCAAAGCGAAGGACAAGCCCAAGUGCUGUUCAUGAGAGACCAAAGAAACAACCCAAACUGGAUGUGGUCAACGGCGCGGCAACUCCAGGCGAUGCCACUCCUCAGAAUGGCUCAGUCUACGAUAUAGGUCAAUCUGUCCAGCUGCAGAAUGUACCUGUAAUUACGGGACUGCCUACUGCUGGAGACUCGCCAGAGUGGCAGGCCACUAUCGAAAGAGUUAUCAAGAGUGUGGUGUCAAUACAUUUCUGUCAGACUUGCUCUUUCGACUCAGACUUGUCGUUCGCCUCGCAGGCUACAGGUUUCGUGGUAGACGCGGAAAGAGGCUAUAUCUUGACAAACAGGCACGUUGCUUGUGCUGGCCCCUUCUGGGGUUAUUGCAUUUUUGACAACCACGAAGAGUGCGAUGUACGUCCUGUCUACCGCGACCCAGUCCACGACUUCGGCAUCCUUAAGUUCGAUCCGCAAACCAUACGCCACAUGAAGGUGAGCGAGCUCAAGUUACAACCAGAUUCGGCAAAAGUUGGGGUUGAGGUCAGAGUGGUGGGCAAUGAUGCGGGUGAGAAAUUGAGUAUCUUGUCAGGUGUCAUUUCUCGUCUGGACAGAAACGCUCCUGACUACGGUGAGGGCUAUAGUGACUUCAACACAAAUUAUAUCCAGGCCGCUGCGGCUGCGACGGGAGGUUCAUCAGGUUCUCCUGUUGUCAACCUGGCUGGAAAUGCUAUUGCCCUGCAGGCUGGAGGUCGAACGGACGGAGCCGCCACUGACUUCUUUCUACCACUGGAUCGCCCUCUGAGAGCUUUGCAAUGUCUGCAGCAGAAAGAUUUGAUAUCUCGUGGUACCGUUCAGACUCAAUGGGUCUUCAAAACCUACGACGACUGCAGACGGUUAGGCCUGACCGACAACUGGGAAACUGCAAUGCGCAAAGCCUAUCCUAAAGACAAUAACAUGCUAGUCGCCGAGAUGGUUUUGCCUGAGGGUCCUGCGUACGAAAAGAUCCAAGAAGGCGACAUUCUGAUCAAAGCCAAUGGCGAGCUAUUGACCUCUUUUAUCGAACUUGACGCCAUAUUAGAUUCGAGUGUCGGUGGUAAAAUUAAUCUUUUGGUACAACGUGAGGGCGAGGACCACGACGUCGAAAUCAAUGUCGGUGAUCUACAUACCAUCACACCUGAUCGAAUGGUCACUGUCGCAGGAGGUAGCUUCCACAACCUAUCGUAUCAACAAGCUCGACUUCACGGAAUUGCUUGCAAGGGCGUUUUCGUCUGUGAGGCAGCCGGUUCCUUUAAGAUGGAGAACGCGCUGGCAGGCUGGCUCAUCGACAUGAUCGACAACAAGCCAACACCUGAUCUAGACACCUUCAUUCAAGUCGUGCAAGCUAUCCCAGACAAAGCUCGCGUUGUCGUAUCCUAUCGCCACAUCAGAGAUUUACACACCAAAACCACAAGUAUUAUCUACGUCGACCGCCACUGGCACAAGCAGAUGCGCCUCCUCGUCCGGAAUGACGAAACUGGAUUGUGGGAUUUCAAGACUCUUGGAAAGCCGUUACCCGCUGAAUCACCUGUGAGAAGAUCAGCAGAUUUCAUCGAGCUCGACGGCGUUACUGAAGCAGCUGCUGCGGAAAUCGUUCGUUCUUUCGUGAAGAUAACCUGUUAUAUGCCUGUCAAGAUCGAUGGCUAUCCCCAAGCUAGACGAACAGGCUUUGGGGUGGUAAUCGAUGCAGAAAAGGGCCUUGUGUUAGUCUCCAGAGCUAUCGUCCCCUACGAUCUAUGUGACAUCACCAUCACAAUCGCAGAUUCAGUACAAAUUGAAGGCAAGGUAUCCUUCAUGCAUCCUCUCACUAAUUACACAAUCGUUCAAUACGACCCGUCUCUGGUAGACGCUCCAGUACAGAGCGCCAAAUUAUCCGAGAAACCAGUCAAACAAGGCCAAGACACGAUUUUCGUCGGCUUUAAUCAAAACCACAGAGUGGUUGUUGCAAAGACGGUCGUGACGGAUAUUACAGCUGUUGGUAUCCCAGCCAAUGCUGCAGCCCCAAGAUACCGAGCAGUCAAUCUGGAUGCCAUCACAGUUGACACCGGCCUUUCUACGCAGUGCUCCUCUGGCGUCUUGAUAGGAUCUGACGGCAUUGUACAAGCUUUCUGGCUCACCUACAUGGGAGAGCGUAGUCAGAACAGUAGUCGCGACACCGAAUAUCACCUUGGUCUGAGCACGAGUAUGAUUCUACCUAUUCUGCAACAGAUUCGAAGUGGACAUAUACCCAACCUGAGAAUCCUGAACAUGGAGUCAUAUGUCAUACAAAUGGCUCAAUGCCGUAUUAUGGGAGUAUCUAAUGAGUGGAUAAAGAAAGUGACACAGGCGAAUCCUAGCCGUCACCAGCUUUUCACAGUCCGAAAGGUAGAUUGUGCUCCAUAUGUCGGCCAGCCUGAUGGACAACAGCUUCAAGAAGCAGAUAUCAUACUCACUCUCAACGAUAAACUCAUUACUAAAGUGUCCGAUUUCGACGUAAUGUACGACAAACCAUACCUCGACGCUCUCGUCGUUCGGAAAGGCGAAGAAGUUCGUCUGAGAGUGCCAACCAUUCCCACUAGCGACCUCGAAACAUCUCGUGUUGUCAUCUUCUGUGGUGCAGUCCUACAGCGUCCUCAUCAUGCGGUUCGUCAACAGAUAUCCAAACUCCACUCCGACAUCUACGUCUCAGCCAGGAGCAGAGGCUCUCCUGCUUACCAAUAUGGUCUCGCACCUACGAAUUUCAUCACCCACGUCAAUGGCGUCCGAACACUUGACCUCGACGCUUUUGUUCGGGAAGUGAGCAAAGUGCCCGACAACACGUAUUUCAGACUACGCUGUGUCACAUUCGACAACGUCCCUUGGGUCGUAACGAUGAAGAAGAAUGACCACUACUUCCCGAUGAGCGAAUACGUCAGAAGAGCUAGUGGCUGGAAAGUCGUUUCGCACAGAAAACGGGACGAUGGUGCGCCAGUGACCGCUGAGGGCAUGGACGAGGGUGGUGCAGAUGGUAGCGGAGACGAUGAAGCGCCAGACGAGGAUGACUAG